AAAAAUGAGCAAAUUAGUCUUAUUCUUAAUGUUAUCAGUUGCUGGAAUUAGUGCAGAAAACGGCUCAUUCAUAAAUCUAAACAAUAGUUCCGGUGAUGUUACCUUAGGCAAUAGCCUUUUUAAUAUAACUUUCCACAAAAAUGGCAAAGCUCAAUCGGUUUACAAAAAUAAUGUUAAUUUAAUUGACAAUAUUAGUAAAAAUUCGCAGACUUGGUAUUUGGAUUGGGACGGCGGGAAAGGAUACUUUCACCCAUCCAAAUAUGAAGUUAUUGAAGAUUCAAGUGAAAAGGUGCAUUUUAGGUUCAUACAGGAAGCUUCUCUUGGGAAUUUGAAUAUCGAGUUCCAUUUAGUUGUAUUAUCAAACGUGAGCGGUCUCUAUCAAUACAUCAAAGUUUCCAACCCCACAAAUGCCACAAUAGGUUUGGGGGAAUUUAGAACUGUUUACAGGUUCGAUCAUAAUCUGAUGCCAAAAGUAACCAAUAUUGUGGAAAGCGGUAUUACGCCCAAUUUAACAGGUAGACCUACCAUUCAGGAUACCACAUGGCAAUUGGCGGAUGGGACUUAUUGGUCAAAAUAUGAUUUUUGUGGGUAUAUCAGGGAAACACCUUGGUUUGGUGUUUAUGGAGGUGGGUUUGGUGGUUGGAUAAUCUCCGCAAGCCGUGAAUAUCAUUCAGGUGGACCCUUGAAACAAGAUCUCCUUGUGCACCAUGACUCGUUAAUGGCCAACUAUUUCCACAGCGGACACUUUGGAACGCCAGGCUUGGAAGCGCCACCGGGAUGGUCCAAAUUCUACGGACCGUACUUGGUUUACAUCAAUACAGGAUCCGAGAAGCAGGUUCGAGAAGGUGUCGCUAAACAGGCUUUGAUUGAACAGGCACGAUGGCCUUACAGUUGGUUAGUUGAUAAGGAAUACCCCCAAACUAGAGGUAGUGUCUAUGGUGAGGUAGAAGGACAAACUAAAGCAAUGGUGGUAGUCUAUAGCUCAAUUGAGCAAGAGUUCGAUUUACAAACUCUAGGAUAUUUGUAUCACGAGGAGACUGAUGUAAAUGGCAGAUUCAUUAUUAACAAUAUUCGUCCUGGUAGUUAUCAAAUCGUUGCUUAUCCUUUAGCUGGACAAGCAAGUGAAAAUGUGGCUAGAAAAAAUAUUAGUAUUAUUGCUGGAGAAAAUCAAAAUAUUGGAUCAUUAUUCCUUCCUGAACCAACCAACAUACUCUGGUCUUUGGGCGAAACGAAUCGAAAGUCCAGCGAGUACCGUUACAGUGACGAACAUAGAAGCUUUUACUGGCACUUUGUACCACCAGCAAAUCAAACAUUUACCAUAGGAUCGAGCCGCGUAGAUAAAGAUUGGUACUAUGCUCAAACUAGAACUCCUGGCACCUGGAGUAUAGCCUAUAACGACAAAUUUGACAACAAAAACAGAACGCUCCGAGUAGCUUUUGCAGCUGCAAGUAAGUCAUCUGUAAGUGAUCCAGCUUUGACAGCUGCAAUUGACAUUGAAGUUAACGGGCAUCAAGUCGGACAUUUUGCUUAUGAAAACGAUAAGACUAUUUAUAGGGACGCAUUGCAAAGCGGCAACUUUCAUCCAGAGAAAAUGACUGUGCCAGCUAGACAGAUUGUCAAUGGACAAAAUGUGAUUUCAUUCAACUUAUUAAGAGGAAUGGUUAUGUACGAUGCUAUAAGCUUAGCUAGCGAAUAAUUGAACUCGUAUAGUCUGUUUUUUUUUUAAGAUAAUUCCCCAAGUCACAAAUUUAGUAACUAUGUUGGCCACACAAGCCUUUUCUACAUAAAAAAUUUGAAAGCAUUGACAAUUUUACAUUGUAUUGCCAACAUAAUGUCAUUUUGACUUUUAUCUUUAAAAAAAAACAAACUUUAGAUCUUAUGAAAAAUGAUAAAAUAUAAAUAUAAAAUAAUAAAGGCUGUUCACUAAAUUAUCUGAGACUUUUAUAUACCGGGUGUUUUUCAAAACCCGCUCACCCCUAUAACUUUUUUAUUUUUCCAGAUAAACAAAUGGAAUUUCGUGUGUCUAUUUAUGACCCGGAUGUGCAUUAUUUGGCAUAUUCAAUUUUUUACUAUCACUUCCGGUUUGACCGGAAGUGACCCUAACUUUCUUAUUUUAAAUGAGACGCUAGGUAUAUUUCUCCUCAUUUUAAUAGAAAACUACAUUACGAGUACAAUGACACCUCAUUUGUCACUUUUUGACAUUUCAUCACCAAAUUAUUUAAAUUUUUACUUUUUAAUCUAGAGCGCCAUGAAUAAGUCAAAGUUCCUAAUUUUGC